GCUCCCCGCCCGGCUCGGGCGCUGCCUCCCUCCCGCGGCGCGGGGCCGUGAGGCGGUGGAUGGAGCCGCGGCCCCGCCAUGGGCACAGCUGCGGGCUGGACGCCGCUUCGCGCCGCCGGGGAGCGGAGGAGAGAGAGCGGAGCGGAGCGCGGCGAGGGAGGCAGAUGCGUUGCUGUUCCCGUAGAGCCUUCGCCGCUUCGCCCCAGGCCGUCGUGAGCGCGCCGGGAGGAUCAUGACCGAAGCCCUCAUCUCUGCUGCUCUGAACGGGACGCAGCCCGAGCUGCUGGCCGGCGGCUGGGCCACGGGGAACGCCACCACCAAGUGCUCCCUGACCAAAACGGGCUUCCAGUUCUACUACCUGCCCACCGUCUACAUCCUCGUCUUCAUCACCGGGUUCUUGGGCAACAGCGUGGCCAUCUGGAUGUUCGUCUUCCACAUGCGCCCAUGGAGCGGCAUCUCGGUGUACAUGUUCAACCUGGCGCUGGCUGACUUCCUGUAUGUCCUCACGCUGCCCGCCCUCAUCUUUUACUACUUCAACAAAACCGACUGGAUCUUCGGGGAUGUCAUGUGCAAACUGCAGAGGUUCAUUUUCCACGUGAACCUCUACGGCAGCAUUCUGUUCCUCACGUGCAUAAGCGUGCACAGGUACACGGGCGUCGUGCACCCGCUGAAGUCGCUGGGGAGGCUGAAGAAGAAGAACGCUGUGUACGUCAGCUCACUGGUGUGGGCCCUGGUGGUGGCCGUCAUCGCGCCCAUCCUCUUCUACUCGGGGACGGGGGUGAGGAGGAACAAAACCAUCACGUGCUACGACACCACGGCCGACGAGUACCUGCGGAGCUACUUCGUGUACAGCAUGUGCACCACGGUGUUCAUGUUCUGCAUCCCCUUCAUCGUCAUCCUCGGCUGCUACGGGCUGAUCGUGAAAGCUCUGAUCUACAAGGACCUGGACAACUCUCCUCUGCGGAGAAAGUCCAUCUACCUGGUCAUCAUCGUGUUGACGGUCUUCGCCGUCUCCUACCUCCCCUUCCACGUGAUGAAGACCCUGAACCUGAGGGCCAGGCUGGAUUUCCAGACGCCGCAGAUGUGUGCCUUCAACGACAAGGUGUACGCCACCUACCAGGUGACACGGGGGCUGGCCAGCCUCAACAGCUGCGUCGACCCCAUCCUCUACUUCCUGGCCGGGGACACCUUCCGCCGGCGGCUCUCCAGGGCCACCCGCAAGUCAUCCCGGAGGAGCGAGCCCAAUGUGCAGUCCAAGAGUGAGGAGAUGACGCUCAAUAUUUUGACAGAGUACAAGCAGAACGGGGACACCAGUUUGUGAACGGAUGUGAAAGGUGUGCGAACGGUUUGCAGUAACGCUGCAUCCUGACACCGCCGGACAGCGCUGCGCACGCGUGUGUCAGGAUGAUCUGCCAUCCCCAUUCAUUUUAGAUAAAGGCUCUUUUUCUAAGAUUAGAAAAAGCUUAACACAGUAAGUGGAAGAAUUUUAAUCUUAGUGGAGAAUAACAUGUCAGAAUUCAGCUCUCCUUGCAGUGUUCUCAUUUCUUUCUGGCUUGUGUCAGAUGAAGUAAAAUGAAUCAAAUCCCCUAAAGGAAGAGAGCAAUCAAAGUGCUUCUGUUUUAAUGGCUCAGACUCCCACACUCCAAAAGGAUCUUCGCCGGCCUCCCUUGCAAACAGGAAAUGCAGACGAGGAGCUCAGCACGGCACCCGCAGCUGCCCCUUUGGUGGCAGCCCACGGCCCCGGCGCGGCUGCCGGCUCUGCGUGCUGAGCGCUGCCGCUCCUUCCCGGCCUCGGUGAUCGCCCGGCGUUUUGGCAGCACUGGCACCGAACGCCGGCGCUGCAGAGCGGUGCCCACCGCCGCGCACGUCGGACGGUCCGGGGGGGCGGGCGCGGCAGAGGGGCAGCGGGCACGGGUCGCUCUGCAGGCGGGGCGGCAGCGCCCGGCACACGCAGUGCUGUGCGGCCGUCGGUGCCGUGCUGGGCCGGGCCGCGCUGCUGGGCUCUUCCUGCGGUUUGUACGGUGCAGCGCCAGGAGCGCGUGCUGGAAACAACUCCCAGACGAGCGGGGCUGCGGUACUUGAGCUGCCUGCGUCCUGCUGGGUGCGGGAACAACGCUGUGCUGCAGCCCUUCGGCAGCGCCUGUCGCUUCCCAAAAAAACAGUCACCAAAAUGAAAACGUAUACACGGACUGUGUUCUACAUUUAAGUGGUUGAGAGGGAACUGAUUUCUCGGUUUUGUGACAAAUCACUGCGUUAACAGGACGUUGCGAUAUACCACAGACUAAACCCACUGCUCAGUGUGUAUCUUCUCCCAACAUGGAAUAGGUCAUCUAAAAUUAGUCAAGUGUUGUGUAACGCGAGAGCGGUCGGAGCGCGGCUGAACUCCUCCAUGGGCGGUCUGAAUGCAUUCUCAUAUUUUUAAGAAACGUGUUUGAAAAUAUUGUGCUAAAACAGUAUGAAAGCAUGCUUUACGUUAUAGAUUCGGUGUGCAGAGUUGGGUUCUGUGUGAUGCUGGGGGGGACUUCAGCAGAUCUUCGUUCCUCCGGUCUUCAUGGUGAGUGAGACGGCUCUAUGUUGCUCACGGACUUGAGCGGUCAGUAAGGAGCAGGAGCAGCCCUGGUCACCGCCGUGCACAGCAGCUUCUGCUCGGACACACAGCUCAGCCUGCAGAAUCCCUAUUUAUUGAACUUAUUUAUUAGAAGACUAAAUGUCGAGUUUGUAAAGUGUGGUCCUGUGUUCAUACCAGAAUUGGGCAUUAGUGGGAAAUUUGGCAGCAUGUUUAAGUCACUGUAAUACCAUGUCUUCUGACAGAACAUCUUUAUAAUAAACUCAAUUCCACCC